AUGGAUGCUGAACUGGUAAAGCAAUUAUUAGAAAUUAUUGAAAAAAAUAAAAUUAUUGAAGCAGAAAAUGAAAAGUUGGCUGAAGAAAAUGAUAAUUAUAAGAGUGAGUUUGUUAAAUGUAAACAAGCAAUUGAAGCAAAACAUAAUGAACAUGUUAACAAAUUAGUAGAAAUUAUCAAUAAGUUAAAAGAAAAUAGUGAUAAAUUAAAUCAAGAAGCAGAACAUUAUCGUAAUAAACUUAUCAGUUACCAACGGGAAAUUGAACCAAAAUAUAAGGAAGAAGUUAAAAAAUUACGACAAGAAAGAGAGCUUUAUCGUAACGAAUUAAUUGAAUAUCAGCAAAAAGUUGUUCCAAAACUUAAAGAAACUAAUGAUAAUAUUAAAAAAGAUUUAUUAAAUGCUCAUAGUGUGUCUAAUGCAGAAAAUAAUAAAUUACAACAAUCUAUAACUCACGCAGAAAAAAAGAUCAGCGAGCUUGAAACAGAUAAUCAAAACAAAAUUAAUAUAAUUAGAGAAUUGAAAAAAUCAUAUAGUGAAUUAGAAGAUAAAAAUGAAAAGUUAAGAAAAGAGGCUUCAUCAUAUCAAUCAGCAGAUUACAAUAUGAGAAAUGAAGAUAGUAGGAAUAGUUCAGUUCAACUUACCAAUGAUUUAAUUACUUUACAUGAAAAGAUUGAGAAAUAUGUUACCACUUUAAAAGGUGCUGUGGUGAUUAAUAAUGAGAAAAUUAUAGAAUUAUUUAAAAGAUACAAUUUAAAAAUUAAAAAACAUACAAUUAAAGAUAAAAUUUUGAUGAAAUCUGUUUUACAACGUUAUGUGUUGGAAAAAGUGCUCGAAUAUGUGGAUGAAUAUCUUAAUAACGUUAGUAAUAAUCAUCCUUGCAAUCAAGAAAAACAAAUCAUGAAUCAUACAGAUAAAUUAUUAAAUCUUCUUGAUGAAUUUCAUGAUAAUCAUUUAAUUAAAGAUAAUAAAAAAAGGAAUAACAAAUUUACUACUACAACAAAAAUUCGUGGACAAAUUUAUGGUUUAUUAGGUGAAUAUGCAUUCUCUGAAAUUAGGGAUGAAAAUGAUAAUAGUAUACAAAAACUCAACGCAUUAAUGGCUGAAUAUCGUCAAAUAAAUGAUGCAAACAAGAAAAAUUACACAGAAAAUAUGGCAGAGAAUCUUAUUAAAGAAAUUGUUAGAAUUUUCACAUUUCGUUUAUUGACCCAUGAACAAAAAUAUGAAUUGUACUGGUUUAAACAUAAUGAUAAGAUCAUGCCAGAAUUUAUGAAAGGUGCAUGGGAUGAUGAUUCCUCGGAUGAUUAUGUUGUGAAUGUUUGUUUCUUUCCUUUAAUUGGAACGAAUCUUAAGGUUGUCAACAAUAAUAAUAAAGGUGGUAAAAGUGAAAUUCUCGCUUAUGCAAAGAUUUGCCCUCAGUCUGUUAUAAGUUCUCAAGAAAGUUCGGAAGAAGAGGAGGAAAAAAUACCUUCAAAAAAUAAUAAUAGUAAUAAUGUUAUAAAUAAUAUAUUGAAAAAUGUAAUUGAAAAUCAUAGACCUUUGAUUAAUUCAAAUGGUACUAGUGGUAAUUUAAAUAGUUCAAGUAGUAAUGGCCAAAAGAAUAAUAAUCUUCAAGAAAAAGAAAAAUUUUUAGGGGAUGUUACUGACAAGGAAAAAAAAGAUAACAAUCAAGAUUUUGGAGAAUUGCUUGAUGGUUAA